GCAUUUUAGUCAAACACUGCCGUUUGGAAAAGGUAAACAAUACACUGUUUUCACCUAAACAUAAGAAUGAGGACGACUGGUUUGCUUGGAUCUUUUGUAUAUAUAUUUUUAUAUGUGGCAAAAUGUACUUAUGGCAGUUGCCCAAAUGGGUGGAUCACGCAUGACUCCAAAUGUUAUCAUUUUAGCCACGAUACGGAACCUAUGCUGCUAGCAAAGUUAUCAUGCCAAGAGCUAGGUGGUGCACUAGUGGAGAUUGAGACAGCAACUGAAAAUGAUUAUUUAGCAGCGUACAUAAGAGAUAAACAAACGUACUACCUUAUUGGCUUAAAUGAUAUUCAAGAAGAAGGCAAUUGGGUUUGGAUUGGGAGUAAAACACAAGCCAGUUAUAUCAAUUGGCGACCUACAGAACCAAACAAUGGUGUUGAUGAAAACUGUGUAGUAAUUGACGGUACCGUUGGGCAAUGGAACGAUACGCCCUGUCACCUGGCUUUCAACUACAUAUGUGAAAAGGAUAGUGUGGAUUCAGAGAUUGUAGGGAAAUAAUCAAUCAAAGAUGAUGUUACAGUUAUUAAAUGUUACAAUGAAAUUGAAAUAACUUUAAUAAAAGUUGGAUCAUUUUA